AUGGAGGGGGCGUUGCCGCACUCGGUGGUUCCACAGGGAACUGUGCCGCUCACGGGCGAGAUGGAAGAGGUGUUGCCCAACGCGGUGGUUCCACAGGGAACAGUCGCGCUGGACACCUUGUCUCCUGCCAAGCUGGCUGGUUUCUCCACGAAGACCAACAAGUCAGCGGGUGGCACCCAGACGGCAGCGCUCAAUCGCACGUUCGAGAGCCAGCUUGAGGAGAUCUACAUGAUCCUUGCAGAGGGAAGGGAGUCCGCGAGUUGCAGGGCACUGCUGGAUGGCUCCUACCCCUUCACUUUCCAGUACAAGAAGCGGAAGUGUACCGGCGGUGCCAUCCACAUCGCGGCGCUCCAAACCGACGGCGAGCUCCUCGAGCAACUCUUGGACUUGCAAGCGGACAUAAACUUCGAGUGCCGGUACAUGACCUUCGAGAAGGAAGGCCGAGCACAGCCCAUCCACCUGGCAGUGCAGGGCUGCCUGGAGAAUGUUCAGCUGUUGAUCAACGCCGGGGCAGAUGUCAAUGCGCGGGUCAAGGUGGACGGUGCAGAUCAUUUUUGCCCGCUCCACGAUGCUGUCUUCUUCCGCGAUGUGGACAUGGUGCAGUACUUGCUGGAGAAGGGCGCAAGUGUGAAUGCGCUCAAUUUGGAUCGAAUGACUCCACUGCACGUGGCGGCGAAGAUGGGUGCAUCGGAGGUGGCUGAGCUCCUCGUGCGCAACGAGGCUGACACAGAGCUCCGGGAUGAGAGCAAUCGAAGCGCGCUCGAGGUGGCCGUGGAGUCUGGAGUCUUCCCACAGCGUCGGCUCUACCUUCUCGCAAAAUUUCGCAUUGGAGAUAUCAUGAUCGUGUCUGAGCACUGUCCCAGUGCGACAACGGAGUUCAUUCGGAACCUCUUGUGCGAUUAUGCUGGCGCAGAGUCGGCAGACCAAGUGGCACACAAAACCAACGUUGCAGAUGAGCUGCAGACAGAAGAGAACCUCACGGUGGAACACUGGAUAGCACUUCUGGACAAUACCCCUGAUGCUGCUGACUACUUGCUGGAGAUUUUGACGGUGGAGCCCGACGAGGACAGCGUGUACUACCACCCCUUGCCCAACCAAGCCAUUCUGAAAGAUCUGAGGGCAGACUACAACACCGAUGACAGCUGGAAAUGUGACACCGAAACUGGCGACAGGGCGAAAGCCUGGCCUGCUUGGCACGACCGCCUAGCUCCCGGCGCACGCGCGGUGCGCAAGGGACGGCGGAUGUCGCAUGCUCCGUCCAAUCGACUCGCGCACAUUGUGAAGCUGCAGAACCAACGGACGAACCAGCAAAAGUAUGUGGAUUCCCGUGAUUUGCAGCCCGUGCACAUGCGGCAGCUACGACUGAAAGGCAUCGUUUGUCCAGAGGUCUUGCAGGCACUCAGUGAGACCAAGUAUGUGGAGAUCUUCCGGAGCCCAGCUGUCACUGCCAUCCUGACUUACUGUUGGGAUGCCUUCGUGCUGAGGUGGUAUUUGCUGCAACUGCUGCACCGCAUUCUGGAAUUGCUUGUGCUCUCUGCCUGGACCUAUUCGAAAUCACAGGAGUUCAAUGGCAAGCAGGUGCCUUUUUGGCAGCGCCGCAUUUCGUGGACGUUCAUGUUCGAAAGCGCUGUUCGAGAUACCUACAUCGAAGCCUUCCAAGCUUAUGGCUUCUGCAUCCAGCUUCAAAACCCGAGGUCAUACUUCGGCAAUGGCGGGAACUACAUAGACGUGGCGGUAAUCUCCAUCUUCAACGUCGUGGUUGGACGCGCCUUGUACUCUGGCCAAUUCAGCCUUGAUGAGGAGGAGGAGCUGUUCGCCGUGUUGGUCUUUGUUCGGUGGUUCCAGAUGCUCUUCGCACUGCGAGCUUUCAAGCUUGGCAUGAUCGGCGUGAAAGGGAUCAUUCCCAUCCUCCAUUCUGUCAAGAAGAUCGGGGGAAUGGGGAUCAUCUGCACCUUCGUUUUUGCUGGAUUCUGGCAUGCCUUCAUGAUCUUGGAUAACGGUGUGGAAGGUCCGUAUAAAAUCCUCGUGGGGACUGUGAAGCUGCUCUUCAUGGUCGAUGGUGACGGCAUCGUACAGGUCCUGAAGCUUGGAAACCGUGGCGACAGUCUUGGCAACGGAGACUACAUCACGCUGGCCAGCUUGAUGAUCGCGGUGAUUAUCUUCUGUAUCAGUUUGUUAAACUUGUUCAUCGCUGUCCACGGAAGGGCCUACUCCGAAGCCCACAUCCACGCAACCAAUUUGUUUCUCCAGGAGCGUGCCGCCAUUUGCGUCCACUGCAUGGUGCAGCCAAAGCUGCCCAUGUGCUGCAACCACGACUCGGGCAGCACAGACAGCACAGGCACAGGCGGCACAGGCAGACGCAUGUGGCAGUUGGGCUACCUGAUCGUGUCGGUCCUGGCCUUCGGAGGAUGGAUCUUGUGCAUUGUGAUUGAAGACUGCCCCGCGAUCAUCCCCGCACUCCUGCUCUCCUUGGCCUUCUACCUGUUCAAUGGGCUGCUGCUGGAGCGGCCCUGGAUGAACGAGGACAUCUGCCAACGCAGCUACCUCUGGUGGUGUGCGCCGACAAGCCGGCAGUAUGGAAUCUCCGGUGAAGCGGAGCAAGCGCAGAUGGUCGAGGACAUGGCCGAGAGGCUGGUGCGGCUCGAAAAGUCGCUGGAGGAGCUGCGGCAGACGGCUCACGCCCAGGGGCGGCCGCAGACUCGUGGGGGUCGGCCACUUGGCAACACGCGGCUGGGAAAAUUUCAAAGCUGA